UUCUUUUUCGUUUUUUUUUUAUUAUUCCUUUUUUUUUUCUUCCUUUGGUCAUCCACUUUUCUUUUUUUUUAAAUUUUAUAUCUACUCUAAUCAUCGUACAUUUUCAACAAUGUCACAACAUGAAUCUUUUGCAAAUGAUCAAGGUGAAAAGUAUAAGGUUGAACAAACUGCUGUAGAAGACUACGUUGAAGAAGAUCGUGCUUCUAGUAUCAUUAAUGAAUUUGGUCAUGGUCAAGGUUCUUUUUUAACUGCCUACUUCAACGUUGUUUGUGUAGUGGCUGGUACCGGUACAUUGGGUCUUCCUCAUGCUUUUGCUCAAGGUGGUUGGUUAGGUAUCUUGAUUUUGCUUCUUGCUUAUUUCAUGUCAGUAUAUUCUGGUAUUGUGUUAAUUCGAUGUCUUUAUUAUAAGCCUGGUCAACGUCUUCAUGAUUUCAAGGAAAUUGGUGUUGCUGCCUUCAGCUGGCCUGGGUAUCUUGUUUCUUCUUGUCUUCAUAUUUUGAAUUUAUUUGGUUGUCCUGCUCUUUAUCUUGUUUUGGCCGGUGGUAAUAUGGUCACAUUAUUGAAAGGCACUGCUGGUGAAUUGAACCAUUCUUAUUGGGUUAUUAUUUGGGGUGUCUUCUUAUUGAUUCCUUCCUUGGUUUUGAAAACUCUUCGAGAAGUCACCGCCAUUGCUGCUAUUGGUGCUCUUUGUACUAUGAUUGCUGUUUUCAUUGUCUUGAUUCAAUCUCCCAUGAACCGUUUGGCCGAUCCUCAAACUUCUAGUGUGAUUUGGACUGGUUUCCCUUCUUCUUUGGCUACUAUUGCUUUCUCUUUUGGUGGUAACAACACUUAUCCUCACGUUGAACAUGCUUUGAAGAAACCUCAUCAAUGGAAGUGGGCUGUCUUUGCUGGUUUGACUACCUGUACUUGUCUCUAUUUCUUGACUGCUGUGCCUGCCUAUCAUUCUUUUGGUCGAUUUGCUGUAUCUCCCAUUUACAAUUCUUUACCUGCUGGUGUUGGACAAACCAUUGCUAUUAUUGUCAUGACUAUUCACGUUAUCUUCGCCAUUCCUAUCUAUACUACUUCUUUCUCUUUGGAAUUUGAAAAAUUCUCUCGUGCUACUGAUGAACGUUUGGGUAAAGUUGGUGCCUGGUUUGCCAGAGCUGUCAUCCGUACAGCUACCAUGGUGAUUCUCUGCUUACUUGCCAUCUUUGUGCCUUACUUUGACGAUUUCAUGGGUUUGAUCGGUGCCUUGGCAAACUGUGGCCUUGUGUUCCUGUUACCUGUUAGUUGCUACCUCAAGUUGACUGGUGUACGAAACAAGCCCUGGUAUGAAUUGGCUUUCUGCGCCCUUACAUUGUUCCUUGGCAUCGUCGGUGUAAUUUUUGGUACUAAGGAUGCAGUGAUUAGUCUUCGUGAUGACUUCCAAAGUGGACGUUCUGCUUAGAAAAUGAUCAUCUAGAAAUAGAAUUAGAAUUCCUUGUCAUAUUUAGUUGUGAUCUUUUAUACAUAUUCUAUCUUUAUAUUUUUUUUUUGUACUUUACGUCUAUAGUUUAUUUACCUGUUGUAGUUUUAUGUUCUUUUACUCUCCUCCUUUUUUUUUUUUAUCAAAUACCUCUAUUGUUUGUAUAUAUAUUAUCCACUUUAUUGAAU